AUGGCGGAUACUCCCACCGUUCAACUCUCUCAAGAGACCUCCCAUCACGAGGAAACGAUCACAUCGAUCACCCCCUUCGAUGAAGAAAAGUUGUCGGAUGAUUCCAUCGACCAGUCCGCUCAAGAAAUCUCGCAUUCAUCGAAGACUGACAUGUCAGAUGAGAAAAUGUCGGGAGUUUCAAUCAGUCCAAUCGAUCCAGACGAAUCGAUUCAAUUGACCCUACCGAAUGAGCAAGAGGCAUCUCGGUCGUCCAUAACUGAGGAGAUAGCAGAAGAGAUGCUGCCCGUUGAUCCAAUCGGCACAGUCGCUCAAGGCGAAUCGGUUCCAUCUUUUCCACCAACCUCAUUCAGCGACACCAUCGCUCAGCUUCGUUUGUACUUCAAUCAGGAGUUGUCAAAUGAGAUUUGCAUAUCUGACUUGAAGUCAGAUUAG